AUGCCUGUUAAUAACUGUGAAGGUGACUUGACUGGGGUCGAUUUCGAGCAACUUGACCCGUCGACUUCCGCCGAUGUAUUUUCUCGGGCGGCCGGCGGCAGUAAUAGCUACUCGUUAUACCCAUACAUCGAUCAAUCCAAGUCGUACUGCUUGAACGUCGACCAGCCACCCAGCUCAUCAACAACCGGCAGAGGGGGGCAUACCGGAAUAGGCGCGAUCAUCCGACCGAUCCAUACCCGGAACGAGCUUUCGCCGGAAGAGUCGCUCGUCACCCACCAAGACACCGGACCGGAGAUGAUCGUCCAUGUGGUCUUCAACCAGCCCGUGCGGGCUCGGACAAUCGUCAUCAACGUCGCCAAGGGUGACCAGUCUCCCCGGCUCGCCCGUGUCUGGACCAACCGCUCAAAUGCAAUCAGCUUCGAUCAGGUAGACGAUCUCAAGCCUGACCAGGAGUGGGAGCUCGAUGUCGAGCUCGAGACAGCCGUCGAGUAUCCUACCCGUGUCACCCGCUUCCAAUCCGUCUCUAGCCUCUCCUUCGAAUUCCGUGAUCCAUCAGCCGGCCAAAGGAGUCGAAUCUAUUUCUUGGGCGUAUUAGGCGACGUCAAGCAACUCAAACGAGACCCUUCAUCCCAACUGACCGUUGGAGCGGAGAAUUCGGCCGAUGCAACUCUUGAUUCAAUUCGAGAACAAUCAGGCGGAAAUCAGACCACAAUCCGGUGA